AUGCAUAUUUCUCUCCCUGACACAUCGCAAGAACAAUCUCACACACAAAAGCGGAAGAAUCCGUUUAUGAAGCCACUUCGACUCUCCGAGGAACUCGCUGCAUUUGUUGGACAAUCCGAAAUGCCUCGUCCUCAAUUAGUGAAAGUGUUCUGGAGCUAUUUCAAAGAGAAAAAUCUGCAAGAUCCUCAAAACAAGCAAAUGAUUCUCUGUGAUGAACCUCUUCGCGCCUUGUUCGGGGAAGAGAGGAUCCGAGCUUUUGCGCUCAUGAAAUAUCUGAACAAGCAUAUAAUACCGACGGAUUGA